CAAAUAGUGCCGUGAAAUGGUCAAGUGUACAAGGGGCAUUUAAAAUGCCGAAAGGAAGCAUGAGUAAAACUUUGACCAUUUAUAUAAAAUGUACCUAUAAUGUGCCACCACAGUCCAUGAAUGUAAACAUAUUCAGGGAAUUACAUUUUGUACUGUUUGAUUUUCAGAUUAAUUUCAAAGAAUGAAUACAGUUGAAGUCCAGACAGUUGUGUGCUUUAAAAGAAAACUCGCAAUUCCACUGAUUCUUGCCACCCAUCGGUAGGAAAGGCAAGCUCCGCCCCCGCCUCUCCGGCUGACAGACUCACCCUUGAACUGUUUGGCCUAAUUGUUUUAGCAUUCUGGCACUCAGCCCUUAAACACGGGGGCGUGCUCACGUACAACGAUAGAUGAAACGAUAUAUAAAUCCUGUCGGAAAGAUACCGAGUGCUUGAUUCAAACCGUAAGCUACGCAGACGCAAUAUUUACUGCACGGCAACUAGUAGUUGAAGCUGUGAAAUCAUGGCCAAGGAUAUGUUCCUUCUGUGGGGAUCUGGCUCACCUCCAUGCUGGAGAGUCAUGAUUGCGCUUGAGGAGAAAAACCUGCAAGGCUAUCAACACAAGGAGUUGUCUUUUGAUAAGGGAGAACACAAAUCCAAGCAAGUCCUCGAAAUUAACCCGAGGGGACAGCUUCCUGCGUUUCGCCAUGGGACCAACUUGAUAAAUGAUUCAGUUGCAGCCUGCCUGUACCUGGAGAACCAGUUCAAGUCCCAGGGAAACCCACUGAUCCCCAGUGAACAAGCAGAACAAGCUCUGGUCUACCAGCGCACGUUGGAGGCCCCCAACGCGCAGCAGAAAAUGAUCGAUGUUUUGACGUACACUUUUCGCGUCCCUGAGGAGGAAAGACACGAGGCAACGGAGAAGAGAAACAAGGAGGCGGCGACGACUGAGUUUCAGCUGUGGGAGGGCUACUUGCAGAAGACUGGACCCUACAUAGCUGGGAAAAACUUCUCAAUGGCUGAUGUUGUGUUUUUUCCCACCUUGGCACUUGCAUUCCCUCUGGGGUUGAGUCAGAAGAAGUAUCCCAAACUUGGUGUGUACCAUGGUUUUCUGAAGGACCGCCCCAGCAUCAAGGCCACCUGGCCCACACAUUGGAUGCAGGACCCCCCAUUGAAGGAUCCCCUGAAGGACCUGUGAGCUGCCCAGGCUUUGUGUGUUCCUCGCUGUAGAUGAAGCAGCCUUGCCAUUCUGGGACCAAGAUAGUCUAAUGCAUUUACAUUUAGUAAUUUAGUCAUUUAGCAGAUGCUUUUAUCCAAAGCGACGUACAAAAAGAGAGAACAAUCCAGCUACAAGCA